UUAGCCGUGAGAAGCAUCCUGAUUGAAUACCGAUAGCUCUAAACGGCUAAAUAGUAAUUCGCCGAAAUCUCAUAACAGUACAACAGUACAAUAUUCGUUUUUCGGCGUCCUGCCGUCCUGUCCUGUGUAUCCCACCGUUACUGGUCCGGUUCAUGAGACGGGAUCGCUUUUCGUACAUACUCCACGGCAUCAACCUUUUUAAGCGCAUCUCACAAGUCAGUGCCGAGUGCCCGCCACAAAGCGGUGGUCACGGUACGUCGUUCAUUAUCAUUAAAUUAUUUAACGUCGCUUCAUCCGUUAGCCAUUUGCCAGUGGCGGAGUAAUUUAGUAAUUUUAAUUCAAAAUCAACUACUGUAAAAGCAGCCAAAGAUAUUCGUCGUCAUAAUCACUGUUCUUGGCGAUCUGGGUCGCUGGAUGUGGUGACGAAUAGGGAACCAGGAGGACUGCUCAAAUAUUUAUCAACCGCUUAUGGCGCCAACGACUAGAAGAAGUAACGGAGUGGCACGUAGACCAACGGCUCGUCAACCCAUUCCCAAAAAUGUGUUAGUAGAGCUGAGCGUUAGUCAUAAUAAAGCGUGUAUGUUUUGUGGCCAAAAAGAAAUCAGUGAAAAAUUAUAUGGCCUGCUCUAUCAGCUUAAUGAUGUUAUUGUUCAUUACUUUUGUAUUUUAUUAUCAUCAAGAGCCGUUCAAAACGGUGCUGACAAGGAAGGGAUUUGGGGAUUUUUAUUAAAAGAUAUUAAAGCUGAACUAACCCGAGGAUCUAGAGAAACAUGUGUUUACUGUAAGAAAAAGGGUGCAACUAUAUCAUGUUGUGGAGUAAAAUGUCGAAAAGUGUUUCAUCUUCCUUGCGGAUUGAGAAAUGGGUCUAUGCAUCAAUAUUUUCAGUCAUUUAAAUCGUUUUGCCAACAGCAUCGUAUUACACAAACUAUAGAUUUAUCAGAGUUACAAAAUUCUGCCCCCAUACAAUGUGCUAUUUGUAAAGAUGAUGUUAUACCAUCUCCUUUACCCAAUUCAAUUUGGGCACCAUGUUGUAAACGUAAUGCUUGGUUUCACCGAGGAUGUAUUCAAGAUCUGGCAUUAAGUGCAGGAUACUUUUUUAAAUGUCCAUUAUGCAAUAAUGUUGAAAAUUUCAAAUGCAGAAUGUUAACUCUUGGAAUAUAUAUACCAUCAAGUUACCUGAAAAAAUUAAAUCACAGGGACGCCUCUUGGGAAACUGUACCCAAUGCUUUUGCAGAGCUCUUAGAAAGGCAUAGUACGUGCAAUGCAGAAACUUGUUUGUGUCCUCAUCAAGAUAAACGCAAAUUUCAACACGAAUCUGGAUCGUGGGAAAUAAUAUUAUGCCAUACAUGUGGUUCAAAUGGAACACAUAAAUUAUGCAGUUCUCUUAAAUGUGAUCAAGUAUGGUACUGUUCAGCAUGUCAAGCCGUUACAGAUAAUACAAAUAAAGUCAAGAAAAGACGAUUAGAAUUACCUGACGUUGGAAAUUGUAGUGGUAUUUCAAUUAUGUUUGAAGAAAGAAUGUCUCAAGACAGAGAAAUGCAGCGACGAAAUAUGGAAUUACUGCGUAAUGCAUCUCGGCCACUAUCAGUAGAUGAUCCAAUAGUUAUUUCAGAUGAUAGUAAUGAUAGCAGUGUACAGUGUAUGACUUUUAUUGAACCACCAAAAAUACCGCAUAUGCAAGUAACUCAAGCACCUCAAAUUCGGAUGCCAGUAAUAUCUAGCUAUACAUCCAUAAGUACAGGUACAACUAGAAAUCGCAUUAGCCGUAGAUUUGCUCUUUCUGGAAACCAGCCAAAGACUUUGACAUACGUUUUAGCAGGAAGUAUUGAUUUAACUUCAGAUGAUGAUGAUGGUGAAAAUAAUAAUACAAAUAAUAAUAUUUCUAUCCAACUUAUCGCAAUGAGUUACUGA